AGAAGAAAAAAAAAAGAAAUAUCAUUGUUUUUUUUUCUCGUUCAUCUUCGCCUUCCGAUGAUUUGUGUACACGCCUUCACCUCUAAGUUUUGACCAAAGUGUCGUUAUUUUCUCUUCUCUCUUGAAACGGAAUAUAUACUCAAGACGUUUCAGCUAGAAAUUUCACUGUUCAUAUCUCGACUUCGUGAUGAAUCAAUGGUUUGUUUUCUUAUUACAGGACUCAAUCUUUGAUGGUGUUUGGUCCUAUUGUUGCUUAAAAGUUUUUUCAACGUUUUAUAAAAACUGAUGAUGAGCUCAUCAUCUUCUAAUACACAAGCUGUACCAUUCAGAGACAUGGCGAUGUAUGAACCGUUCCAACAGUUGACUGGUUGGGAUAACACUUUCAACACCAUAACUAGUAACAAUCAUAACAACAACAAUCAGACUUCUUCCACAGUUGCUAGAACAGAAGCAGAUGAUAACAAUAAAGGAAACUACACUUCUUUGUAUAAUAACUCUGUUGAAGCAGAACCUUCUAGUAACAAUGACCAGGGCGAAGUUCAAAUCAAUGAUAAGACGAAACGGAGAUUGGCUCAGAACAGAGAGGCUGCUCGCAAAAGUCGUUUGAGAAAGAAGGCCCAUGUCCAGCAGCUAGAAGAAAGCAGGUUAAAGCUAUCACAACUCGAGCAGGAACUCGUAAGAGCUAGGCAGCAGGGAUUAUGUGUAACAUCAGACGCUACUUAUCUUGGACCAGCCGGGACCAUGAACACAGGGAUCGCUGCGUUCGAGAUGGAACACAAACACUGGCUAGAAGAACAAAACAAGAGAGUCAGCGAGAUUCGAACCGCGCUCCAAGCUCACAUCAGCGACGUCGAGCUCAAAAUGCUCGUCGACGUUUGCUUGAACCACUACGCCAAUCUCUUCCGCAUGAAAGCUGACGCUGCGAAGGCUGACGUGUUCUUCUUGAUAUCCGGAAUGUGGAGAACUUCCACCGAACGUUUCUUCCAGUGGAUCGGAGGUUUCCGCCCCUCCGAGCUCUUGAAUGUUGUGAUGCCGUACAUUGAGCCUUUAACUGAUCAGCAACUGUUGGAGGUGAGGAACCUCCAGCAGUCGUCUCAGCAAGCAGAGGAGGCUCUCUCUCAAGGCUUGGAUAAGCUUCAGCAAGGUUUGGUUGAGAACAUAGCUGUUGUUGAGUCUUUGAAUCAUGGGGGAGCUCAGAUGGCUUCAGCCAUGGAGAAUCUUGAAUCUUUGGAGGGUUUUGUGAACCAGGCGGAUCAUCUGAGAAAGCAGUCUCUGCAGCAAAUGAGUAAGGUCUUGACGACAAGACAAGCUGCUCGUGGCUUGCUUGCUUUAGGAGAGUACUUCCACAGGCUUCGUGCUCUAAGUUCUCUUUGGGCAGCUCGUCCACGCAAUUAACAAGUUUAGGAGGCACAAGGAAGAAGAGUCAACCUCAAAUGGUUUUAGCUAGGUAUGUAUGGAGAUGUAGAGUGAUUUGAUUAUCCAUUAGAACAUCAUCUUCCUCAUUGAUGUUUUGUUUGUUCUUGAGAGAAAAUGAAUAAGAAGAUAUAUAUAUAUAUGGGUUGAAACAUUUGUAAAAAAUAACACUCUUUAUACUUGCUGCAUAAUGUCAUAUGGAAAUUAAAAUGUC